CAUGUUAGUGAUUACGAAUCAAUAUAUCGUCAAUCAAAUCCCAAGGAGGAGAAACGAGAAGAAACAGCGAGAAGAGAAAAAGUAGUAGUUUGAAUCAAAUAUGGCUGGGAGAGCUUCAAUCCCUGCUCGCAACUCUGCCCUUAUCGCUAUGAUCGCUGACGAGGACACUGUUGUUGGAUUCUUGAUGGCUGGAGUUGGUAAUGUUGACAUAAGGAGGAAGACUAAUUACCUUAUCGUGGAUUCAAAGACAACGGUGAGACAAAUUGAGGAUGCUUUCAAGGAAUUCUCAUCAAGAGAUGAUAUUGCUAUCAUCCUCAUCAGCCAAUAUGUUGCCAAUAUGAUCAGGUUCUUGGUGGAUAGCUACAACAAGCCAGUUCCUGCGAUCCUGGAGAUCCCUUCCAAGGACCAUCCUUAUGAUCCUGCUCAUGACUCUGUUCUCUCCCGUGUCAAGUACCUCUUCUCUGCGGAAUCUGUGUCACAGCGUUAAAAACAUAUACACAUCCUGCAAAGCUUGCUGAGCUUUUUAUAUCAUUUGUUUGGUUUUUGACAUUCUUGUAUUUGAGUCUCGAAUUUCAAUAAUGUUCUCUCUUGAUUUUUAUUUAAAGAUGGAUGUUUAUGUUAUUAAGAAGCAACGGUAAAACACCAUCUGGUUCUUUUUGCAUUAAAUAAAGAGAGUGAGUCUGUUGUGUAUUCAAGAGACAAGAGCAGACUAUAAAGAUUUUAAGUGAAGACUUUGACCUC